AUGUUUCCCACACCUGGUGCUGCAUCCGGAAAUCAUUUUCUUCCAGAUGAGAAGAAGAAAACCAAAUCCAUUGACAGCGAGGUGAACCCUGUCUGGAAUGAGGUUCUUGAGUUUGAUCUAAAAGGUGUUCCCCUGGACUCUGGCUCCCAGCUAGACAUUGUUGUGAAAGACCGGGAGACGAUUGGGAAAGAUAAAUUUCUUGGGUCCACUAAAAUUCCUCUAAGAGACCUUGCCUCUGGGAAAGCAAGAUCUCUGCCGUCCAAAAAUGUUCCUCUCGUUGAUGAAAGUGGACAACGUAUUGGGGCUACAAUAGAUCUGGUGGUUGCUUAUGACCCUCCAGCCAAUGCUGUUCCAAACCCCAACGACCCUCAAGAUGGAAAUGCAAUGGCAGCUGAAGGUGGAGAUGGUGGUGGGGAUGAAGAGGCGGGUGAGACUGUCGCAGACGGGGGCCAGAGUGGCCCAGCAGGAGUCCCCUCAUCCUCUGGGCAGGCUGCUGGUUUUCGCCAGAGGCUGACCCGGGCACAGAGUCAACGCAGACUAGUAAACAAACCUCAGGACUUCCAGAUCCGUGUUCGGGUCAUCGAAGCCCGCCAGUUGUCUGGAAACAACAUCAAACCUGUGGUGAAGGUUCAUGUGUGUGGACAGACCCACAGGACCAGGAUCAAGAAGGGAAACAAUCCAUUCUUUGAUGAGAUGAUGUUCUACAACGUUCACAUGCUGCCAUCAGAUUUGUUUGAGCAGAACAUCAGUUUCCGGGUCUAUAAUUCCUAUUCACUGAGGGCAGACAGCCUGAUGGGAGAAUUCCUGCUCGAUGUUGGUUAUGUUUAUGAUGAACCAGGCCACUGUGUGAUGAGAAAAUGGCUCCUGCUGAAUGACCCAGAUGACUGCAGCUCUGGGGCUAAAGGCUACAUCAAAGUCAGCAUCUUUGUUGUAGGAACAGGAGACGAGCCUCCAGUGGAGAAAAGAGACUCUAAUGAUGACCAGGAUGACAUAGAGAGCAAUCUGCUGCUGCCAGCAGGAGUAACUCUGCGAUGGGCCACCCUGUUAUUAAAGGUGUUCAGGGCUGAAGACAUUCCCCAGAUGGAUGAUGCAUUUGUCCAGACAUUGAAAGGGAUCUUUGGAGGAGAGGAAAACAAGAAGAACCUGGUGGAUCCUUUUCUAGAGGCUCGGUUUGCUGGAAAAAAGUUGUGCACUCAGAUCAUUGAGAAGAAUGCAAACCCAGAGUGGAACCAGGUUUUGAACCUUCAAGUCAAAUUCCCUUCCAUGUGUGAGCGUAUCAAGCUGACCGUGUUUGACUGGGAUCGUCUGACGGGAAAUGAUGCUGUUGGCACCACAUACCUGAACCUGACCCAGAUAGCUUCCUCUGGUGGAGAAGUAGAAGAAGAACAUGCAGAAAAUGGGGAAAUGCCAUCCUCUAAAGCUGACUCUGGAGAAUCAGAGGUGGGCUUCCUUCCUGUAUUUGGGCCCUGCUACGUCAACCUCUACGGCAGUCCCAGGGAAUUCACGGGCCUCCCAGACCCCUAUGAGGCUCUUAAUUUUGGCGAGGGUGAAGGAGUGGCUUACAGGGGCAGAGUACUAGUGGAGCUCUCCACUAAGCUGGAGGGGAAAGCGGAUAAAACUGUUGAUGGUAUCCACAGCGAUGACAUCCUUGUGGUGCAGAAGUACCAGAGGAGAAGAAAAUACUGUCUGUGCGCCGUCUUCCACAGCGCCACUAUGAUUCAGGAGCCCGGUGAACCCAUCCAGUUUGAGGUCAGCAUUGGUAACUAUGGCAACAAACUGGACACCACUUGUAAACCCCUGGCCUCCACCACUCAGUACAGCUGUGCUGUGUUUGAUGGUAACCAUUACUACUACCUGCCCUGGGUAAAUACUAAACCGGUGGUUGUGCUCACGUCCUUCUGGGAGGACAUAAGUCACCGCCUCGAUUCUGUCAACAUUAUCCUCUACAUUACGCAACACCUGCAAUCCAACCUGGAUGCAUUUAAGAUCGCUAUACUGGCUAAGGUCUCCGACAAUCAGCUGGCAGAAGUGUGGAUGAAGUUACUGAAUCAGUUGAUUGAAGACCUGGACAGAUUCCCUACACCUGAGCUGGAGGGCCGCUCCAACCUAACAACUCUGGACAUCCAAAUCAAGAAACUGCGAGACAGCGCUCUAAGCUCCAUCUUAAACGCUGCGAGACGAAUGAGAGAGGAGGCCAGAGAAAUCGCCGACACCCUGCCAGAAAUAGAGGCCUGGCUGGACAAACUCAAUCAGCUGGCAAAGGAGCCCCAGAACAGCAUGCCUGAUGUGAUCAUCUGGAUGCUGCGGGGGCAGAAGAGGGUCGCCUACAGUCGUAUUCCUGCUCACCAGAUCCUGUAUUCGACUUACAGCACAGAGGCCUGCGGGCAGCACUGUGGCAAGACUCAGACCAUUUUUCUAAAGUACCCCAUGGACAAGACCAAAGGCUCGAAGGUGCCAGUUCAAGUUAGGGUCAACAUGUGGCUCGGCCUCUCUACACAUGAGAAAAAGUUCAACGGGUUCUCAGAGGGAACCUUUAGUGUGUUUGCUGAACUGUAUGAAAACCAGGCUCAAGUCUUUGGAAACUGGGGGACCACAGGACUGGUGGGCCGCUAUAAAUUCUCAGACGUGACGGGGAAACUGAAGCUGAAGAAGGAGUACUUCCUUCCACCACGAGGAUGGGAGUGGGAGUCGGACUGGUUUAUCGAUCCAGAAAAGGCCCUGCUAACUGAAGCCGAUGCGGGACACACGGAGUUUAUGGAUGAGGUCUUCCAGAACGAAACCCGUUUUCCUGGUGGAGAGUGGAAGCCUGCCUCGGAGCCGUACACAGAUGUGAAUGGAGAGAAAAGCCGUAACCCUACAGAGUUUGACUGUCCUCCUGGGUGGACGUGGGAGGACAGCUGGACUGUGGACAUUAACAGAGCUGUGGAUGAUCAAGGCUGGGAGUAUGGGGUGACCAUUCCUCCAGAUGACAAGCCUCGAUCCUGGGUCCCUGCUGAGAAGAUGUACCACGUCCACCGCAGGAGGAGGCUGGUUCGACCUAGAAAGAGGGCUGCACGACCUGCAGGAGCAGCUGUGGAGAAAAGAGAUCAUGGUGACCCAGAGGGAUGGGAAUUCUCCUCUCUGAUUGGAUGGAAGUUCCACCGAAUUGAGCGCUCCUCCGACACGUUCCGUCGAAGACGCUGGAGGAGGAAGAUGGCGCCGGAAGAUCGCCUUGGAGCAUGUGCCAUCUUUCAACUUGAGGGUGCAUUAGGUAUCGAUACAGAGGAUAAAGAGAAAGGCUCCAAAGCUGAUGCCACCAAGAUGUUUGGUGCCAACACUCCCACUGUGUCCUGCUCCUUUGAUAAGUCCUACAUGUAUCACCUCCGCGUCUAUCUCUAUCAGGCGAGGAACCUGAGUUCUAUGGACAAGGACAGUUUCUCUGAUCCAUAUGCACAUGUCUCCUUCCUUUAUGUUAGCAAGACAACUGAAAAACUUAAAGCAACUCUGAACCCAACCUGGGACCAAACCUUGAUUUUUAACGAUGUGGAGAUUUAUGGAGACCCCAAGAACAUGGUCCACAGUCCUCCUGAGGUGGUGCUGGAGUUCUACGACAGCGACCAAGUGGUAGGAAGUGAAAGCUGUGAGUCGGAACUCCCCCUGGUUCCCCCAAAGAGAGCUGAGAACCUCUACAUGGUUCCUCAGGGUAUCCGACCCGUGGUUCAGCUCACCGCUGUGGAGAUUCUGGCAUGGGGUCUAAGGAACAUGAAGACGUACCAGCUUGCUGCAGUGUCUUCCCCCAGUUUGGUGGUAGAGUGUGGGGGCCAAAGGGUGGAGUCUGCUGUGAUCAAGAACAUGAAAAAGAGUCCCAACUUCCCCGGCUCUGUCCUCUUCAUUAAAGUGCUUCUUCCAAAGGAUGAGAUGUACACUCCUCCUAUUGUGCUGAAGGUGAUCGACCACCGUCCGUUUGGCAGGAAGCCUGUGGUUGGUCAGUGCACCAUCACGUCACUGGAGCAGUUCAGAUGUGACCCAUAUGUCAUAGUUUCAGAGGGAGCCAGGGCCUCCAAGAUGGCUCUGAUGAUGACGGCGCCACGUAAAGAUGUUUCUAUCACCAUGGAAGAGGCCCGGCCGCUGUUGGAGGCUCAGUUUUUGUACAGUAUGUCUGCAGCUUUCAACAAAAUGGCUUCCCCAGCUUUCCAGUUUCAGGCAGAAAAGGAAAAGGAAACGGUUGAUUGGUGGAGUAAAUUCUACGCUUCAGUUGGAGACCAGCAGAAAUGUGGUCCUUACAUAAGAAAAGGCUACGAUACCCUUAAGGUGUAUGACUGUGAGUUGGAGACUGUCCCAGAAUUCAAGGGGCUGACUGACUUUUGCAACACGUUCAAGCUGCAGAGAGGCAAGAAUGAAAAUGGGGACGAAGACCCCACCGUGGUCGGAGAGUUCAAGGGUGCGUUCAAGGUGUACCCCCUAUCAGAUGACCCAGGUGUUGCUCCUCCACCCCGACAGUUCAGAGAGCUGCCGGAAAGCGGACCUCAGGAGUGUCUGGUCAGGAUUUAUGUGGUUCGGGCGAUUGACCUUCAGCCUAAAGACAACAAUGGCAGGUGCGAUCCAUACAUAAAAAUAUCAGUGGGCAGGAACACACUUGAUGACAGAGAUAAUUAUUUGCCCAACAACAUAAACCCUGUGUUUGGAAGGAUGUUUGAGAUGACCUGCUUCUUGCCUCAAGACAAGGACCUGAGAAUCGGGGUUUAUGACUAUGAUCUCUUGACUCGAGAUGAGAAGGUUGGCGAGACAGUGAUCGACCUAGAGAACCGCUUCCUGUCUCGAUAUAACUCCUACUGCGGCCUUCCUCAGACCUACUGCGUGUCUGGCAUCAAUCAGUGGCGGGAUCAGCUGAAGCCGUCGCAAAUCCUGGAGAACCUGGCCCGUCUAAAAGGCCUGUCCAAACCCAAGACGGAAGAUAAUGGCACAUCACUUACUUUCAACGGAAAAGAGUACACAUUGGCCCAGUUUGAGGGUAACACGGAAGUUCACCAGCACUUGGGUCCACCCCGAGAACGACUCUGUCUGCAUGUCCUUCGAACGCAGGGACUGGUUCCUGAACAUGUGGAGACCAGAACCCUUUACAGCUCCUUCCAGCCUAAUCUGUCUCAGGGUCGGCUACAGAUGUGGGUGGAUGUCUUCCCAAAAAGCAUGGGACAGCCUGGUCCUCCCUUCGACAUCACGCCCCGCAAACCUAAGAGGCAUUUCCUGCGAGUCGUCAUCUGGAACACCACGGAUGUAACUCUAGAUGAAACCAGCAUCACAGGAGAGAACAUGAGUGACAUCUAUGUGAAAGGGUAUAUAUAUCUUCUUUUCUUUAAAAAGGAAGCAACUUUACAAUUCAAACCUUAUUGUGAAUUUAAUCUAAUCCAAAAACGGUCAAUGUUAUAUAUCUAUGCACCAAAAUCUUCUAAUAGUAGAUGUUGAAGGUUCUAGAAAGCAUUUGAUCUUUCCAAGAUACUAAAGUUAUUUUUAAGACCAU